CUUCUACGAAAUUUCAUUACUUUUCAUCGUGUCGGGUGCCAGCAUUUAGCCGCGAACUCCACCACUUUGGUUUGUUUGUGUUUGCAGUGUUGUGCGUGUGUGUGUGUGGGUUGGUUGAGCAUGCGUGGAGGAGGUGUUGGUGUUGUGGCUGCGGCUGCAGUGCUGGUGGUGGCUGUUGGGAUCUGUGUUGUGGACCCACAGCAUGUGGCUGCACAACCCCUCGUCGUGAACACAACCACAUCGCGGCUCGUUGACAGCCACGGCCGCGAGCGCAUCUUCCAUGGCACAAACGUCGUCUUCAAGGGGCCACCAUAUGUGCCCAUCAUCGAUCGAUUCGAUUAUCAGUACAGCUUCAGCAAGGACGAUGUCGCCCUCCUGUCAAAGUGGGGCGUCAACGCCAUUCGCCUCGGUGUCAUGUGGCCCGGGGUUGAGCCAGAGAAGGGCAAAUACAACCAAACGUACCUGCAGCACUUGCAGAACAUCACGGCCAUGUGCGAGGAACAAGGCAUCUGGGUGCUGCUGGACAUGCACCAAGACGUGUGGAGCGAGCGGUUCUGCGGGGAGGGCGUUCCAUACUGGGCGGCAGACCCCGGCCCAGACGCAAAAGGGUUCCCUGCUCCCCUCGACAAGCCAUACAACGUCAACAGCACCACGGGCCUUCCCUCAGCCCAGGACUGCGGCAAGCAUGACUGGCCAGACUACUACUUUGCCUCUGCGGUGGGCGCGGCUGUGCAGCGCAUGUACGACAACCAAGAUGGCCUUCUCGAUGCGUUCUGCAGCUUCUGGGCACUCGUCGCGUCAACCUUCAAGUCCUACACCAACAUCCUCGGAUACGAGCUCAUCAAUGAGCCCUGGGCAGGCGAUGUGAACAAGGACCCUGACCUGCUUGUCCCCGGUCAGGCCGACAAGAAGAACCUGCAGAACACAUACGAUAAAGCUGCCGCUGCCAUCAGGGCCGUUGAUCCCGAUACACCCAUCUUCUUCGAAACGGUGACGUGGGACGAUGUCGUUGUUGGGUUUUCGCACCCGCCCGGCGGCGCUGACAGCGGCCACAAGAGCGUCCUCGCAUACCACUACUACAUGCCGCCAAACUUUGGCCCCAAGGAGACAAUCCAGCUCCAUCUCGAUGCCGCAAAGAAACUCAACUGCGGCACAUUCUGCUCGGAGACGGACGGCGAGGUGUUCUUCGAGACGGCAGAUCCGUUCUUCCAGUCGUGGAUGCGAUGGGAAUACAAAGCGUUUGUGCCAAAGACGGGUUCCAACUUCGGGUUCUGGAACAGCAACGGCACCGUGAACAGCGACAUGGUGUUCAACCUGACGCGCACAUAUGCGCCCAUUAUCGCCGGCCACGGUGUUGACAUGCACUUUUCCCGCGAGAACAGCACCUUCGAGCUUGCGUUCCUCCUCAACAAGACGUGCACUGCUCCGACCGUGGUGUAUGCGUACACGGCACUGCACUACCCAAACGGCGUCAACAUCACCGUUGACCCGCCCGUGCUGUCGUGGGCGGAGACGACGACCAACUACUACGAGUUCAAGCCCAUCUUGAGGGUGGCCAAGGACGGCCAGCGCGUCACCGUCACCUUCAAGAACGGAGAGAGCCAUGCCAACGCCGUACACAGCGACGGGCUUGGUGGUUGACUGGGGUGAAUGGGUGGUGAUGGGCGAGUGCCCUUGUUUUAUUUGUCGCUUCUCGUUCACGCGCGCGCGCGUUGUUGCUGGCUCUUUGGUAGCCUGCCUCCUCUGCUCCUCUCUCCUCUUCCUUAGUGAUUACCUCUCUCAGCUGCAUGUUGUUAUUGUUAUGUUACCUGCUCUCCUUCCCCCUUGCUUGAUUCUUCCACGACCACAAGAAGAAGAACA